GCCCGCCGCCCCCCGCCGCCGCCGCGUUGCCAAAACAAACGGGCCGGCCUAUUUAUUGGCGGCCGGCGAGCCGGGCAGCUCAGAGUCGAGGCGCCGAGGGGGACAGCGCGCCGCCACCAGCCAGGGCCCCGGGCCCCCGCCCCGCACCUGAGUCCCGCCGGCCCUGCGCCGCGCCGCGCAGCCCAUGGCGCCCCCACCUGGAGCCCCCCGCAGCCACCCGGACGCCUGAGCCCCGGCGGCGCUCCCGUCGACUCGCCCACCCAUCAGCCUACCAGGCACCCUCGCCCGCCUCUCCCGGGCGGUCCGGCCAUGUCUCCCGCCCGGCUCCGGCCCCGACUGCGGUUCUGCCUGCUUUUGCUGCUGCUGGCGGUGCCGGCAGCGCGGGGCUGCGGGCCGGGCCGGGUGGUGGGCAGCCGCCGGCGGCCGCCGCGCAAGCUCGUGCCACUCGCCUAUAAGCAGUUCAGCCCCAACGUGCCAGAGAAGACCCUGGGCGCCAGCGGGCGCUAUGAGGGCAAGAUCGCGCGCAGCUCGGAGCGCUUCAAGGAGCUCACCCCCAACUACAAUCCCGACAUCAUCUUCAAGGACGAGGAGAACACGGGCGCCGACCGCCUCAUGACCCAGCGCUGCAAAGACCGCUUGAACUCGCUGGCCAUCUCAGUGAUGAACCAGUGGCCUGGCGUGAAGCUGCGGGUUACCGAGGGCUGGGACGAGGACGGCCACCACUCGGAGGAGUCGCUGCAUUAUGAGGGCCGCGCAGUGGACAUCACCACGUCGGACCGCGACCGCAAUAAGUACGGACUGCUGGCGCGUUUGGCAGUGGAGGCUGGCUUCGACUGGGUGUAUUACGAGUCCAAGGCCCACGUGCAUUGCUCCGUUAAGUCCGAGCACUCGGCCGCGGCCAAGACAGGUGGCUGCUUCCCUGCUGGAGCCCAGGUGCGCCUGGAGAGUGGGGCCCAUGUGGCCUUGUCAACCAUAAGGCCAGGAGACCGGGUGCUGGCCAUGGGGGAGGAUGGAAACCCCAUCUUCAGUGAUGUGCUCAUUUUCCUGGAUCGAGAGCCAGAUAGGCUGAGGGUCUUCCAAGUCAUCGAGACCCAGGAACCCCCACGCCGCCUGGCACUCACACCUGCCCACUUGCUCUUCACUGCCAACAAUCACACAGAACCGGCCGCCCAUUUCCGGGCCACAUUUGCCAGCCAGGUGCAGCCUGGCCAGUAUGUGCUGGUGGCCGGGGAGCCUGGCCUGCAGCCUGCCCAAGUGGUGGCUGUUUCUACACACGUGGCCCUUGGGGCCUAUGCCCCACUAACAAGGCACGGGACCCUGGUGGUUGAGGAUGUGGUGGCCUCCUGCUUCGCAGCCGUGGCUGACCACCGCCUUGCUCAGCUGGCCUUCUGGCCCCUGAGACUGUUUCAUAGCAUGGUGUGGAGCAGCUGGACCCCAGGGGAGGGUGUGCACUGGUACCCCCAGCUGCUCUACCGCCUGGGACGGCUCUUGCUGGAAGAGGGCAGCUUCCACUCGCUGGGCAUGGCAGGGCCAGGGAGCUGAAAAGACCCCUCUAUUGCCCUCCCACAACUGCCCAACUACAUCCAAAGGCCUCUCUGGCAGACGGACACUGGCCCUGGAAGGGACCUGCAUGGGGGCCAUGGGUUUCACCAUCUCACCCACCAC